AUGGCCUCAGAGAAAGAAAUCGUUGGGCUUGAAAAUCCUGCGUUAGAUGUGAGUACAAGGACUUCUUCUUACCAAAUACCAAACAAAGUGCUUCAGUUUUAUGCCUAAUUAUUAACUUUUAAGGAAAAAAAAAGUUUGAUUUUAUUUUUUUAAUUUCCUUGUUUAAAAGAGUAGAUUGCAAAGACUUGGUUUUCAGUAAAUUUUGAAAAUGAAAAAGUUAUUUGGUCAAAAGUUCCUAUUAGUCAAGAAACUUCAGCCUAAACUUCACACAACUAUCACACAUUAAGACUAACUUUUUGUUGGAUUGAGAAAAGUUCUAUUUCUUUUCUAAUUCUAUUUGAUUUGUCACUUUCCACACUUGAAGUACACUUAAAACCAAACUAUUUCAGUGUAAAUAGAAAUAAACUGUAAUGGGAAUAAAAAAAAACACCCAUGAUUGACAUACAGUAUUGUAUUCCUAACUCUUGUCUAUUCAUUCAGGUCUGUUUUUUAUGUCUGUAUGUUUUUAUGAUGCCACAGAUAGAAGAACAAGUUAAUUAUCAACCCAAGAAAAAGGAGGGAAAGAAAAAGAAGAAGAGCAAGCAUGGAGCAGAGGAGGACAGAAAUAAACCCCUCUACUGUGUGACUGAUGUUCCCCCUUGGUACCUUUGUCUAUUACUGGCCAUGCAGGUGUGUGUGAUCCUACUGUAUAAUGUUAUGGACCGUUGUUGUUCAAUGAAAGAAGUAUAAAAAAUACCACAAUUAGUGUAUGAAAGCAACUUUUAUCAACCUUGAGUCAAUACGGUGAAAGGAAAUGUCACUGUUUGUUAAUGUAUCUGCUGUAAUCAGUUCUGCCUUUUCAUCACUGUUGCUCUUUGCGCAGCAUUACCUGACGGCGUUCGGCGGCAUCCUCUCCAUUCCUCUCAUUUUGUCCGAGGGACUGUGUCUGCAGCACGACAGCCUGACUCAGAGCCGCCUCAUUAACACCAUUUUCUUCGUCUCCGGUCUGUGCACCGUGCUGCAGGUCACCUUCGGCGUCAGGUCAGAUUGACGGGGCAGCCCCUCAAGUGCUACAUUUUCAUCAAAUUUGCUGUAUGGAGGACAUAGAUAUUCACCCCAUCUGCUAUAAAUUUGAAUAAUAAUGUUCUCAAUCCAGCCACAAAUGGACACAAUAUGAAUGAAAGUCAUAUAGGAAUCUACAUCUAAUGCUUUAUUUUGCCUUAUUUGUACUGUUUAUGUUUGUUUGUAGGCUUCCCAUCCUGCAGGGUGGUACCUUUGCUUUAGUAACACCCGCCAUGGCCAUGUUGUCCUUGCCGGAGUGGAGGUGCCCAGCUUGGACCCAGAAUUCCACUCUGGUCGACCCCUCCUCACCUGACUUUAUUGAAGUGUGGCAGACCCGCUUGAGAUCAGUAAGCUAACAUAAUCAGUAGUUAAUUGUGUUUUAAAGGGAUAUUCCGGCGUAAAAUUAAGUUAGGGUUAAACACACUGUAACACCGAGUUAGACACCCUCUCGAACAAUGAGUGUUGCCAACCGCUUGCUUCUCUAGUUAUACAAACUUAAGUGAUGACCGCAGGAUAGCAAUACAGAGAGCCACGCACUCAACCAAAAAGCCACUCUAUAGCCACAAAUAAUGCUCAGAACAGCACCUAACUUCAUCAACAGGACAUAUAGGGUUCUAGCCACAGCACCAGCAACCAAACAUCUUUUUAACUUUGUCUGAUUUCUUUGGCAAAGAGACUGAACACAACUCACCUACACUCUUCCAGCAGCCACUUGUUUUUUAUGGAGACCUCUGGGUGAGUCCAUCGACUACAGCGGGGUGACGCAGCUCAAGGAAGAACAUUAAUGAACAUUUCUUCAUGGAAAUGCAAUCAGACAGAGACGCUAAGGCAGAAUAACUUCUGCGUCUGCAGUGAAAAAUGAUUAAGAUGAUGAUUAUUACUUCAAGGGAAUGAUAAAGUAGUGAUCAUAAAUGUUCUUCCUUGAGCUGCGUCCCCCCGCUGCAGUCGAUGGACUUGCCCGAAGGUCAAACAAGCGGCUGCUGGAGGAGAGUAGGUGAGUUGUGUUUAGUCUCUUUGCUAAAGAAAUUAGGCAAAGCUAAAAAAAUGUUUGGUGGCUGGUGCUAUGGCUGGGACCCUAUAUGUUCUGUUGAUGAAGUUAGGUGCUGUUCUGAGCAUUAUUUGUGGCUAUAGAGUGGCGUUUUGAUUGAGGUUUGUGUGUGGUUCUUGCUAUCCUGCAGUCGUUACUAAAGUUGGUAUAACUAGAGAAGCAAGUUGUCAGCAACAUUUAUCUCUCGAGGGGGUGUCUAAUUUGGUGUUAUGGUGUGUUUGACCCUAACUUAAUUUUGUGCUGGAAGAUCCCUUUAACUUAAAACAUGGCUUACUACUGCAGUUCAAUUAGGAAGCAGAAAUUUUGAAUGACAUGACUUAUUCGACUGAGCUCUUGUGGUUUCUGCCGUAGCCAGGUGCUGAUCAGGUGGUCUAUCUGAGUGGUGGGACUAGAUAAUUUCUGUGCUCCUGUUUGCAGCUACAAGGCUCUAUCAUGGUGGCCUCCCUGCUCCAGAUCCUGGUCGGUUUCUCCGGUCUCAUCGGCUUCCUCAUGCGCUUCAUUGGUCCAUUAACUAUUGCCCCUACGGUCUCUCUCAUUGGCCUGUCGCUGUACGACUCAGCUGGAACUAAGCUUGGCAGCCACUGGGGCAUCUCUGCUAUGUAAGUCAGAUCUUCCCUCAUAGGAAGUGGUGUUGGCACUGGCUGUCAUGUAUGAUAUCAGUCUCGUUUUUCUUUACCAUAUACUAAGGGCAGUUCUUCUUAUACAUGCAGGACAACAGUGCUGAUCAUCCUGUUCUCCCAGUACCUCCACCGUGUACCAAUCCCUUUUCCUGCGUACAGCAAAGCCAAGAAACUGCACGUCUCAAAGCUUUAUAUCUUCCAGUCCAUACCUGUAUGUUCACUUUAUUUUCCCACUAUCCUCCCCUUUAAAAUUAAACUAAAUACUGUCGAAAAGCAAUAACACUAAAUUACACAGAUUGCUGGAUAACUACAUUACAUUGAUGUUGACUCCGAUACUAAUAUCAGAUAUUUAUUAGAUUCUGCUGGGCAUUUUGGUGUCAUGGUUGGUCUGCUACCUUCUCACCAUCUAUGACGUCCUACCAUCUAAUCCAGACCAUUACGGCCACCUGGCUCGUACCGAUGUGAAGGGGAAUGUGGUGGGCGAGGCUGCUUGGUUCUCGGUUCCUUAUCCUGGUAAUUUUUCAAGAAUACCAUCACCACCAUUUCACUUUUUACCUAAGAGUUCUUUCAGUCAAACGUCUUAUUUUUGUGGCUAUCAGGUAGAAGCAAAUAUUCACUUUUAACGUGGAGAAAUCACUUUCAUUCAGGUCAGUGGGGGCUUCCCACCGUGAGCCUGGCAGGUGUGUUGGGCAUCAUGGCUGGUAUAAUAUGCUCCAUGGCAGAGUCUGUAGGCGACUAUCACGCAUGUGCCAAGCUCUCAGGGGCCCGUCCUCCUCCAAAGCACGCCAUCAACCGGGGCAUCGGUAUCGAAGGGCUUGGCUCUUUGUUGGCAGGGGCCUUCGGCUCGGGGAACGGCACUACCUCAUUUAGCGAAAACGUGGCUGCCCUGGGUAUCACCAAGGUAGACUUCUCUUAAUAAAUACUGACAUCUAACCCUGGAGUGUUGAAUUUAUACACAUGUUCAUAAAUGUUCAUAUUUCAACCUGAUUGUGUCACACCAGGUGGGCAGCCGGAUGGUCAUUUUUAUAAGUGGAGUUUUAAUGAUUUUGAUGGGGAUGCUGGGUAAAAUUGGAGCCAUCUUUACAACCAUCCCCACUCCUGUGAUUGGUGGGAUGUUCCUGAUCAUGUUUGGAGUCAUAUCUGCGGCAGGAGUAUCCAACCUGCAGGUAAAACUCUUGUAAAACAGCUUCCAUGUUCAUGCAGCUAUUCUGGAUUUGGCUGACAUGUCUCCUUUUACAGACCACAGACAUGAACUCCCACAGGAACUUGUUUGUUUUUGGGUUUUCCGUCUUUACUGGACUUGUUAUCCCCAACUGGGUCAUGAAGAAUCCUGAUUUCUUCAAAACAGGUGUGUAAAGUAAGAAAAUCCCCUUGUAACUGGAUUUCAGGUUUUUUUUUUUUAUGAUAUAGCACUAUUUCCUCUCUCUUUUGCACUCAGGUAUUGAAGAGUUGGACCAGGUGAUCAACAUAUUGUUGUCCAUACAUAUGUUCGUAGGAGGGUUCCUCGGCUUCGUCCUGGAUAACACAAUUCCAGGUAAGCUAUAGUGGAGCUUUGUUAGUGGUUGAAACUUCUCUCUUCCCCGACUUUAAGUGAAAUGUGACUUAAAUAUGGAGUCGUGUUCAUUUCUAAUAGACUUCGAUGUUUCUGUCUCAGGGACUAAACGUGAACGCGGCCUCUUGCCCUCAGAUGAAUCCAAUCUUGAGGACUCGGGCGACAUGCUGGCUAUUGACAAGGUGUACGACCUCCCAUUUGGUAUAACCUCUUAUUUCUCAUCUAAGUCAUGGAUUCGUUAUAUCCCCUUCUGCCCGCAGAAGGGUAACAGGACUCGGCGCAAGUCUGGAGACAAUCAGACGUCACACAGUGAGCAGCAGCCGAAUGACACAGAGGUCAUAAAGGAAUUUUCUUUUUGA